AUGCCCUCUUCCAUGCUGCCCGGUGUCUUCUCCCUGAGCCCCUUUGAGCUCUUGUACUAUGCAGCCUCCCUGUGCGCCCUGUACCUGCUCUACAAAGUCUCCAGACUCUACAUGAGACAGAAGAAGCUGGAGAGAGUGUUCAGUGCUUUUCCAGGCCCGAAACGUCACUGGCUCUUUGGCAACGUCCAUGAGAUAAAAUAUGAUGGGAAUGAUUUGGAGAUUUUGAAUGGUUAUGCAAAACAAUUUGACUAUGCCUUCUCCGCGUGGUUUGGAAAUUUCUUUGCCACUCUCAUUGUCCAUCAUCCAGACUAUGCAAAAGCCAUUUUGUCCAGGAAUGAUCCAAAGGAUGAAUUUUACUAUUACUUCCUAACCCCAUGGAUUGGGAAAGGUUUGCUGGUGCUGUCAGGACAGAAAUGGUACCAGCAUCGAAAACUGUUGACACCGGCAUUCCAUUAUGAUGUUCUGAAGCCGUAUGUCAGAUUGAUGUCCGAGUGUGCUAAUGUCAUGCUGGACAAAUGGGAGAGACUGGUCCCAGAUAAGAAUCCGGUGGAGCUUUUCCAUCAUGUCAGCCUCAUGACCCUGGACGCCAUCAUGAAAUGCGCCUUCAGUUACCAGAGCAACUGCCAGAAUAACAGUGAACAUGAAUACAUCAAAGCUGUACUUGAACUCUCCCAUCUGAUAGAAAAAAGGGGGCGCUACUUUCCGUAUCACAGUGAUUUUAUUUUCCACAUGAGCCCAAACGGAUUUCGGUUCCGGAGAGCGCUAAAAAUAGCGCAUCAACACACAGAUAAAGUCAUUAAACUGAGGAAAGAAUCAUUAAAACAGGAGACAGAGCUCGAAAAGAUCAAACAGAAGAGACAUUUGGAUUUUUUGGAUAUCCUGUUAUGUGCCAAGGAUGAAAAUGGUCGGGGACUGUCUGAUGAAGAUCUGCGGGCAGAGGUGGACACAUUCAUGUUUGAGGGCCAUGAUACAUUGGCCAGCGCCAUCUCCUGGACCUUGUACUGUUUGGCUAAAUAUCCUGAGCAUCAGGAGAAAUGCCGGGAGGAGAUCAGAGGGGUCUUGGGCAAGCGGACCUCAGUCGAGUGGGAAGACCUGACUAAGCUGCCAUACACCACCAUGUGUAUUAAGGAAAGCAUGCGUCUCUACUCACCUGUACCUGCAAUAGGCCGUGAAAUUAAAGAACCAAUCACAUUUGUUGAUGGGAGGAGCCUACCUAAAGGUACCAUUGUCUUGAUCAGUAUAUAUUGCCUGAACAGAUCUCCGAGUAUGUGGGAUAACCCUGAGGUUUUUGAUCCACUGAGGUUUUUACCCGAGAAUGCAUCAAAGAGACAUUCACAUAUGUAUGUUCCCUUCUCUGCUGGAUCAAGAAACUGCAUAGGACAGAACUUUGCUAUAUAUGAGAUGAAAGUCGCCAUCGCCCUCACGUUAUCGAGAUUCGAAGUGAGUACAGACCCCGGAAAUGAACCACAGAAAGUCUCUCAGGUCUUCUUACAUUCUGCGAACGGCAUCCACGUAAACCUGAAGAAAAAAGGAACAACAUCAUAAAGCCUGAAGAUGACAGUGAUUGUGUACAAUACAUAUUGUAAAAAGAAAAAAUUAAAAAUAUUCAUAAUUGAAAAAAUAUGCAAGUGAAAAUAAAAAUAAAUUGU